CGCAGCCCCUCCAGAAGAUGGCUGGGUGGGACGGCCACCCAGAGUGGUGACAGGAGUCUUGGCCACCACACACCUGGGCUGGCAUGACUGCCAACCACCUGAGCAUCCUCCUAGUUUGUUUUCCAUGCCACAACCUGCUGAAAUCUGGAGCACAGCCACAUCUCUGCCCUGCCCACCGAGUCCCGGGGCAGUGCCAGCAUCAUCAAGUGCUUACAGAAUCCAAUGAGCCUCCUGUGGAGGGCAGGCACAGAUAGGGGGAGUGGCAGAGUGGUGGGGGGAACCUGUAGAUCGUGUCUAGAAAAAACACAUCUUAUGAAACCCUAGCUGCCCUUGGCCACCCACAGGAAGCACAGGGACACUCACUCCCAAACUGAGCGCCCUUCCUGGUGUAGCCCGCCAGGCUCUGCAACCCGCUCAGUGCCACAGCUUCUCCGGAAUCCCUGCCAACACCAGAAUGCGGGACAUGGCUCCCCAGAGAGUAGCCAUCAUUGGUGCCGGUGCCUCUGGCCUGUGUGCCCUGAAAUGCUGCCUGGAUGAGGGGCUGGAGCCCACCUGCUUUGAGAGGAGCAAGGACAUCGGGGGCCUCUGGCGCUUCGAGGAGAAUCCCGAGGACGGCCGUGCCAGCAUCUACCGCUCUGUCAUCAUCAACACCUCCAAGGAGAUGAUGUGCUUCAGCGACUUCCCCAUCCCCGAGGACUUCCCCAACUACAUGCACAACUCCAAGAUCAUGGAGUACUUCCGCAUGUACGCCCAGCGCUUCGACCUGCUCCGCCACAUCCGCUUCAGGACCAGCGUGUGCCGCGUGUCCAAGCGCCCUGACUUUGCCACCACGGGCCAGUGGGAGGUGGUGACGGAGAGCGAGGGGAAGCAGGAGGCUGCUGUCUUUGACGCCGUGCUGGUGUGCAGCGGGCACCACACCGAUGCACAUCUCCCACUGAACACCUUCCCAGGGCUGGAAAAGUUUGAGGGCUCGUACCUGCACAGCCGGGACUACAAGAGCCCACAACCCUUUUCAGGAAAGCGGGUGGUCGUGGUUGGCACCGGGAAUUCAGGCAUCGAUAUCGCAGUGGAGCUGAGCCACACAGCCAAACAGGUUUUUCUCAGCACCAAGCGUGGGACCUGGGUGCUACACCGGGUGGCGGACAGAGGGUACCCCUUUGACUUCAGUUACCUCAACCGCUUCGGGCAGCUCUGCACGAGCCUGCUGCCUCAAAACAUCACCAAUUUUUUCAUGGAGAGGAAGCUGAAUGCCCGCUUUGACCACACACUCUAUGGCCUAAAGCCCCAGCACAGGAUCUUUGACCAGCACCCGACCGUCAACGACGACCUGCCCAACCGCAUCAUUUCAGGCAGGGUGCGGGUGAAGCCAAAUAUCCAGGAGUUCACAGAGACAUCUGUGAUCUUUGAGGACGGCACCAGGGAAGACACUGACGCUGUGGUCUUUGCCACGGGAUACAGCUUCUCCUUCCCAUUCCUUGAGGGGUGUGUGAAGGUGGUGCAGAACCAGGUCUCCCUCUACAAAUUCGUGUUCCCCCCUGAUCUGGAGAAGCCAACACUGGCUUUCAUCGGCCUCAUUCAGCCCCUGGGUGCCAUCAUGCCCAUCUCUGAGCUCCAGAGUCGCUGGGCCACGCAAGUCUUCAAGGGGCUGCAGGACCUGCCACCACGUGCCAACAUGCUGGCUGAGAUCACAGAGACCAAGGACCAAAUGGCCAAGCGGUACGUGAAGAGCCAGCGGCACACCAUCCAGGUGGAUUACAUCCCCUACAUGGACGAGCUCGCCUGCCAGCUGGGGGUCAAGCCCAACCUGCUCACCCUCUUCCUCACGGACCCCAGGCUGGCUCUGGAGGUGGCCUUCGGUCCCUGCACGCCGUACCAGUACCGGCUGCGGGGCCCGGGUGCGUGGGCGGGUGCCAGGGAGGCCAUCCUGACCCAGCGGCAGCGUGUGGUCAGAGCCCUGCAGCCCCGAGGCAGGGCCCGCCCCAGCGCCCUGCUCCGCAUCCUCAAGGUCCUCUUCAGCAUCAUCGGCGUGAUUGCGGCCAUCCUCGUCUACGGCUCGCGCUCUCCUUAGCCUAAAAUGAAGGAGACAGCGGGUCCUCCCGGCAAUCUUUUCCUUUGUGCUUGUGUCUGUUGCUCCUUGCUAGGUGUGCCGCCACGCCCGGAGGCACGGAGGGAGUCCUUCCUUGAAGGUGCAGCCGGGUCUGUCCCGCCUUCCUGCUGUGCCAGAUACGCAAGUCCUGGUCACGGGCUGCUCUGAGGACGGGAGUCACUUCCCUCCCCUAAAUCCUGGCCCGGCAGCACCACAAGCUCUGUCUGUGCGUUAGGUCACACUGAGGUGGUGGGGAAACUGGGAACGUGCCUCAGGAAAAGGACAAUAAAGCUUGUCUCCGUGCCGAGGGGACCACGGGCCACACUGCUUGGCUGUCUCAGUCUGUGGGGCCUAUCCUGAGGCGUCUGCCCAGCCCACGGGCAGCACCCUACCCGCUUGCUGCCCGCAGCCCCCCAAACAUCCCCGGCACCGCCCUGCCCUCAGCAGACAUGGCCGCCGGCGGGGGUGAAGCCGUGCGACCCCCCGCGCGCCAUUAACAACAA